AUGCCUGCCCAGCCUUUCUGUAGACAUGCUCUUUCCACCCCCACCAAGACCUGGCUCCAGAGGGUUUCCUCGGACCCCGAGGCCCAAGUCUGGGGGGUCUGGAGCUGGACCGAGAAGACCCCUCUGAAGCCAGAGGGUGGGAAAGUGGAGGACGAUGAGGAAGAUACAGGCUUCCCCCGUUUCUAUUGGACAGGGAGGACCUGUCUGAGGACCUGGAUGAGUACUCAGUACCGGACCAGGAGCUUCUCUGUGGCCCAAGUCCACAUGGCCUUCCCAUUCCACUUGGAGAAGCCCCCAGAGCUGGAGGCCAUCAAACUGAAGCUGUGGGCCAUGGAGCAGGCCCAGGGGCCAGAGCUGCCCAGGGUGCAGGGCCAGGCCGGAAAAGAGGAGGCAGCUAGGUCUGUGCUGGCCCAGCAGCGACUGAGUCCUGAGACAGAGCCCGGCCCACCCCUGCCCUGCUCUGGGGUCCCUGAGAAGGUGGGAAUGGACCACAGACCCAUCUAUGUGGGCAACGUGGACUAUGGGGUCAUUGCUGGGGAGCUGGAGGCCUACUUCAACAUCUGUGGAGAGGUCCAGCAGGUCACCAUCCUGUGCAACAAGUUUUCUGGACACCCCAAAGGCUAUGCCUACAUCGAGUUUGCUACUGAGAGCUCAGCCCAGGCUGCUGUGGGGCUGGACAAGAGCAUCUUCCAGGGCCGGGUCAUCAAGGUAUGUGAGCCUCAUGAGUCACCAGGGCACCUUGAGGUGGGGGCACUGGGGUGCAUGGACUCGCUCUGAGCUUCUCUACAUUAAGCCAUUAACCCCUGAGGUGCCAGGAAUGCAGGCAGAGGGAGGCUAACACACAGAGAGGUUGACACACUGCCCAACCUGACCCUUCUCCAUCUCCCAGCAUCUCUUGGCACAGCUGCUGGGCAGUAGGGAAGGGGUGGAGGCACCCCAGACCCCAAAGAGUUUGUCUUGCAUGUGGCACUGGGGAGGCAUCCCUCCCAAACUGGAUCUCACCUCAUGAAGGGAGAGAUGUUGGCUCAACAGGGACACAUCAAGUGACCACAACUAUGUCCGGACAGUUUAGAACUAAGUGGGGAUCUUGAGAAAGUGGAGAACAAGAUUAGGGUCUGAUGCCUUGGGAGGCGCCGUGCCCGGGAUCCCACGAGGGUCUGGUGGGCUCUGGGGCCUGUGCACACCACCUGUGAGCUUCCAGCAAAGAAACCCAGGAAGCCCCAAGGAUCACUGGCAGCCACCAGAAGCUGGAGAGGAGCCUGGAACGGAUCCUCCCUCAGAAUGGCCAGAAGGACCCACUCUGCUGACACCUUGACUUGACUCUGGCCUCUAGAACUGUGA